AUUUCUUAUCAUAAGAACUAUACUUAAUAGGAGUGGAUAUAUCUCCCUCUUCAUUAUAUCAUUCAGAAUAUCACUCAAUAAUCAACAUUUGGAUGGUUUUUUCCCUUCCUAAACCCUCCCAGAAUCUCCAUAACACAACAAAAUUAAACUUGAAAAUUCCAACACUAAAACCCCACCACCAUUUCUCGUAAUACCCACUUUUCUUUUCCGGGUUAUCGGGCUCUGUUUUUGCCACCUCUUUCACCAACACCCCUCAACAUUCCUCUACUCUCCCUCUCUCUCUUUUUUUUUUCUUUUUUUUUUUCUGAAUUUCAGGUAUAAGUAGCGCCCUUGAACUGAUUUGAGUAAAGUAAUCUUUCUGGGUGUUUUUAAAAUAUGGCAAAUAAUCAACCACAUCAUCAUCAUCAUGAAGGAUUAGGAGAUGAGUUUUUUGAGCAAAUUUUAUCAGUUCCGGGUUAUAAUACUGGUGGAAAUGAUGGAAGUGGGUUUGUAGGAAGUGGGUCGGGUGGUGAUGGGUCAUCAAUUUUAUUGGGUUUAGGCCCGGGUGAUGGGUCGGGUCAUGGAGGUGUUAAUGUUGGGCUUGGUAUUGGGGGUUUCAGAGGUGGAAUGGGCUUGGGUUUACCUUUAGGUUUGAAUUUGGAUCAUGGUAGUUCUUCAACCCAUGGUGGCGGUAAUGUUUCUUCAUCUUCUAGAAUUAAUGAGAGUGACUCAAUGCAUUUAACAAACUUGUUUCCAGCUUUUGGCCAUCACCUGCAACCUCAGCCACUCCGUCCUGCACCUCCUAUUCAAAUUCAUCAGACUUUCCAGGGUCAAGCAACAGCAGGACCAACACCAGCAGUGUCACACCCACCAGCAAUCAGACCAAGGGUGCGAGCAAGGCGUGGUCAGGCCACUGAUCCCCACAGCAUUGCUGAACGUUUGCGCAGGGAAAGAAUAGCCGAAAGAAUGAAGGCGUUGCAAGAACUGGUUCCGAGCUGCAACAAGACGGACAGGGCGGCUAUGCUUGAUGAAAUCGUUGAUUACGUAAAAUUUCUGAGGCUGCAAGUCAAGGUGUUAAGCAUGAGCAGAUUGGGUGGAGCUGGUGCUGUAGCACAAUUAGUAGCUGAUGUGCCCCCAUCAUCAGUUGAGGGGGAAGGCGUUGAAGGGGCGCAAGCAGCAUGGGAGAAAUGGUCGAACGAUGGCACAGAGCAACAAGUAGCUAAGUUGAUGGAGCAAGACGUAGGGGCUGCGAUGCAAUUCCUUCAAUCGAAAGCACUAUGCAUUAUGCCGAUAUCACUUGCUUCUGCUAUCUUUAGGUCUCAACCACCGCCAACAGAUCCUCCGUCAAUGAUUAAGCCCGAGACUAACCCUCCUCUUUGAUUCACGAUGUCUUGACGAUGUGAAGCACACAACAUCGACUCCUAAAAUGAAGAUAAGAUGCACUUUUUAUGGAACAACUAUUUGAGUCAUUUUCCCAAUUUUUGUCAAAGGAUGAUUAGUGAAGUUUAGUAAGAGGAAAAAAAAAAGUAAGGUGGGAUUGGGAAAAUGUAUGUAUUUCCUAUGCAAUGGUGGUCAAGUCUUUAAAGUAUAAAGUUUGUCAAAUAUAAAUAUGAUGUGGGUUCAGAAAUUAUAUCUUCUAGUAAUCAAUGGUGGAAAAAAUUAGUGGGAUAUGACCAAGACAUUGGUGACCAAUGCUCUUUUGUUUUUCUUGUAUAGUGCAAAAUUUGUGGGACCAAUCUUAUGGAAAAAUGUCUCUAGUAUAAUUGAGAUGUAAUGGACUUUAAAAUAAAAAUAGAUAAUGGUUGAUUGUUUGAGAAAGCAAUGUUAGAAGCUUCUUUCUCUAGAAAAUUAAUUCUUUAUAUUACAGAAAAUAUAGUAAUAAAAUUGAUUGGGAGUUGUAACUUGUAUUUUAGAAGGUGAUCUCUUUUGAAAAGUGAGUUUAGCUUUUGAGUUGAUUUGGUGGUUGAUUUUUUCAUUUCCUUGGAUGAUUUGGGUGGUAGAUAGUAGAUACCAUGGAAGAAAGCUAUAAAUUUAAUAAUUAAUUUAAGUAGGAGUAGUUUUCAAGUGCAUUAUGCAUGAUAUAUUUUAGUUACGGAGUGGUUUGACAAAUAGUUAGCUGGUAGCUAAUUGGUGCAAUUGAUUUGAUUAACUGAUUUUAUUAAUUGAUUUGACUAAGUUGAUUUUAUUAACUAAUUAUUUAAAAGUAUUUCAUAAAAUUUAAUUAAUAACUAAAAGAUGAUUAAUGUAAAAAAACAUAUAUGAACAU